AAAAUUCCAUGGAGACUUUCUAGUACACGUAAAGCAAAUGUUAGAAAACGAUUGAGAGAAGUUGAUUCAGUGAUCUCAGCUGUAAAAGAAAGUGGAAUUCAAUGUCAAGCACUGACUAAAGCUUUAGAAUUACCUACUGAAGCUGAAAUGACACCGAAAGAUAAAUAUUUUGUCUUUUCAGCUAAUUCUAAAGGUUAUCGAAAAGGAAUCCAUAAAGUGCCUCAUUUUACAAAAGUUACACAUCGGGUUAAUCCUAAAGGAUUUUAA